ACGUCACGCGAGAGAGGCCUUGCCUACAGAGGCGGUGUGGACUUGUGGAGGAGGCUUCAGCGGCGGCGGCUUCAGCGGCUUUGGCUGAAAAGUCGUCGAGAUGGACUCCGGCAUGGGCGAUUCGGACUGGCGCAGCCAGGCGUUCCGCCAGAAGGUCGUGGUGCAGAUUGAGGAGGCAGUACGGCAGGCUGGCCACCCAAUAACCAAGUCCAGUAAGGAGAUGGAGAACCAUGUAUUCAUGAAGGCCAGCAGCAGGGAUGAGUACAUGGCGCUGCUUGCCAGGCUAAUUCUACAUAUAAGAGACUACUCAAAAAAGGCUCGUCCAAAUCAAGGUGACCCAAUGCACGCGCUGCAGGUCAUAGCCCCACUGGGCCCUGGGCAGCCCGGCCCUCCCAUGAUGGUACCCCGACCUCAGGUUCCUGGGGGGCCCAUGCAUCGCAUGCCGGUUCCACAGCCUCAGGGACAGCCUAACCAGGGGGGGCCUCAGCCGGGCAACAUGGGUCAGCCUGGGCAAGGUCAACCUGGUGUCAUGGGAAUGUCUCAGGGGAUGAGGGGUCAUCCCCAGUCUGGGGGUAUGGGUGGAGUUCUUGCACCCUCGGGACGGAUGCCCACACCAGCGCAACAGCAGGCAAUUCAACAAAUGUGCAUCGCAACGCCACCGGGACAGCCGGGCAUGCAGGCCGCCCAGAUUCAACAGCAGCAGCAGCAACAGCAAAUGCAGAUGCAAAAGCAGCUUAUUCAGCAGCAGAGGAUGCAGCACCAACAACUGCAAAUGCAACAGCAGCAGCAGUACUUGCAGAUACGGCAGCAGCAGCAACUACAAGCACAGCACGGAGGACAGGGCCAGGGAGUACAGCAGGCAGGUGGCGGUGGUGGUGGGCCCAUUACUAGUGUCAUGGCGGGGGGCCAGGUUUCGGGAUCCGUGUCUGGCAUCAUGAACGCACAGCAGCAGCAGCAAGGGCAACAACAGCAGCAACAACAGCAACAGCAGCAACAGCAGCAACAGCAGCAACAGCAGCAACAGCAGCAACAGCAGCAGCAACAACAGCAACAACAGCAACAACAGCAGCAGCAAAUUCAACAGCAGGCACAGCAUAUCCAGCAGGCGCAAGCCCAGAUUAGGGCUAUUCAGCAGCAGCAGCAGCACCAGCAACAGCAGCAACAGCAGCAACAACAGCAGCAACAGCAACAACAGCAACAACAGCAGCAGCAACAGCAGCAGCAACCUCCCAUCCGCAUGCAAUUGGCUCACAACCCACAGAUUGGGUUGAACCGAACUGCCGUUGGGGGCCCCCGUCCCCAGAGGUUUCCUUCAGGGGUGUCUGUCCCAUCAUCAACUCCGCCACCCCCCUCCUCGGGGGGCUAUACCCAGAGCUCUGCUCCUCCAUCAAUGGGGGCCCAAUCGAGCACACAGCAGAUGAUCCAGUCUCCACUGAUGAUGUCGAGUCCGUCGCCGGUGCCGGCUCAGAAUCAGGUGAUGCCGCCUCCGCCCUCCCAGCCACAGCCAUCGCCACAGUCCACACAGAGCCAGCCUCCCAGCAACAUGAGCUCUGGGGCAGUACCAUCUCCUGGAUUCAUGCCUAGCCCAUCCCCGCAACCGUCCCAGAGCCCUGCGCCCGCUCGCACCCCGCAGGCCAUGGGCGUGCAGUCCCCGGGGCCCCUCAACACCCCAGGUGCACCGAGCCCGGCGGGGCGCACGCAGACGGAGGAGCAGCAGUACCUGGAGAAGCUGCGACAGCUGUCCAAGUACAUCGACCCGCUGCGCCGCAUGAUCAACAAGAUCGACAAGAACGAGGACCGUAAGAAGGAUCUGAGCAAAAUGAAAAGCCUUCUGGACAUUCUUACGGACCCUAACAAGCGGUGCUCCCUGCAGACACUGCAGAAGUGUGAGCUCGCGCUGGAGAAACUGAAGAGCGACAUGGCCGUUCCCACACCUCCGCCACCCCAGGUGGUGCCGCCCAACAAGCAGGCGCCCUUAUGCCAGCCGCUGCUUACCGCCGUGCUGCAGCAAAGCCGCUCGCCCCUCUUCAACCACUCGCUGGCACGAACGUUCGGCCCCGCCAUGCUGGCUAUCCACGGGCCGCCUGUCGCGGUGCCAGUGUCAUCCCCCAAGAAGCGCAAGUACGAGGAGGAUGAGAAGCAGACCAUACCAAACGUCCUGCAGGGGGAGGUGGCCAGGCUACAUCCAAAAUUCAUGGUUAACCUGGACCCCUCCCAUCACAGUAACAAUGGAACGGUCCACCUGAUAUGCAAGCUUGAUGAUAAGUCUCUUCCAAUGGUGCCUCCCCUGCAAAUUAGCGUGCCGGCUGAUUAUCCUGACCAGAGCCCCGAGUGGGUUGACCUCCAAAACCUCUACGGUGAGGCUGCUAUACAGAGACAUUUCGUUAUUUAUAAUAGAAGGGCAAUGUGUUUUGCAAAUGGAUCACUCGUUCGUGUGUAGCUGAGAAGAUGAUUCAGGUGCAUUUCAGGGGAUUUUCUCAGAUCAUCUCUGAAGCUAAGCGAGAAUUUUGGCCUGGAUAAUGCUUGGUUGGGUGAUUGCCAUGCAUAGCGAGCAUUAUGGGACUGCGCAGCUACGUUGUGGGCAGCAGAGGGGAGUGCAGCAAAUCCCAUCGUUGCACUUAUUAAUUCCUCUAUAUUUUCUCCGUUCGCCAACCCGGACUGACCAACAUGCCGAAGUAUAGUCAAGUAACUUCGUUAAACCUGCAUGGCAUGGGCAGGCCCUCAUCCAGCAGCGGUUGACUCAAGGGCUGUACAUGUGCAAUGGAUACAAAUGAGGGCAACGUGAUUCAUGUCUCAUGUGCAACUGAUGUGAGUGUAUUUGGGGGUUCGGGGGAGGAAUGGUCAUGAUGGGACUGUUUGUCUGUUGGUGACAGAGGACGAGCCCGUUCUUGCGUGCCAUUCACGACAUGCUGGAGUCGCGCAUCAUGAAGCUGCCCGACCGGCAUGCGGUGACAGCCAUACUCAAUGCCUGGGCGCUGAGCGUACGGCAAGCCUGCCUCACGCUCACCUAACUCUCACCUGCAUCCAGCGUCUGUUUGAUGUACUUGGUAUAUGCUUACUGUGAAAAUUGAGUGUUUCCAGUCGGGGGCAGUUAACAGAAAUAUGAAUAAUAUACUGUAUUACAAGUACAACUUGAUGGGUCUGUGUUACCUCUUCUUGAUGGCAACUGCAGCGUUACAUCGAAUGAUUAGACGUACAAUCAUGAUAGACUUGGCUCAUCAUGUCAGCAUAUUUUUAUUAUUGUUGUUUUCACUUUAAAUGACAAUUUUAACACAACAUAGGCCAUCAGAAUUUAAGCAGAAACACAUGCUCCAGCAUUUUAUUGCAUUGCUUACAAAUGCUGUGCAAAUCAAAUGUAUGAUUUAGACGUAAUAGUUUAUCACUUAACACUCCACUACAGUGGCAUAAAAUAUACCACUCUACUCUGAAAAGGCCACAUUUGGCAUUGAUCAGAGUAUAUAAUGUGCAUGAACGCAACACUGCACCGGCACCAUGGAUGCCAUGUGCAACAAUUGUACAUAAAUAUUUCCUUUAAUUUUCAAAUCCCCCCAUUUGUUUGAAAGAACUGAUAACGCUUGCACAAUAUGGUGAACAUUAUCAAGUGUUUUCAAGAAUAUAAAUGACAAAUGUAAAGAAACACGUUAAUCUUGUAUUAAACUGGGGGACAAUUAGGUGAUUGCAUUUCGAAACGUGUGCUAUUACAUGCAACGUUUUUGUAUUCUUAGCUGGGCAGCAUCUUUUGGCUGUCCUUUUCGCUGCCAUCCUGUGCAACCUCCCUUCUGAGCGGCUGCACAAGUGAAGGCAGGGACAGCUUGGGUUCUGUUCGCAGAGGCCUGUCGUGAAGGGGAGGAAUGUAAAUAGCAGAGCAUCGAGACGUGUGAGUGAAAUCCCCAAGAUUGGGUACACUUCCACUGUUGAAAGUGACAUUAUCCUGGCACCAGGAUCAAUUCACUGAAGAUGGGUUAUGAUCUUGCUAUUGAAUAACACUUUUUUUGUAAAUCACUUGGGUGUGCCUCAAACUCUACUAUUUGUAUAAUUAUGGAAUACCAUUUGUGAAACAAAAGUACAUAACAUGGCUGUUGUAAUUUGGAGAGAGGCAUGAGAAAGCUUGUAACUUGCUGACCCACCCCUACUGGACAUCUGUGAAAGAGCUUCACAGCUCAUCAGAUUCCUCCAGGAUAAAUAAAUAUUCUGAAAGCAAUGGCUUGGCAGUAAUGAAGGCUAGCAGAGAUGUUUUGUAAUUGCAUAGAUCAUUAACUACCUUUCAUUGCUGAACACAAAAGCCUAGGUAGGUAUAUGGUUAUGUGCAUAUUUUUUUCACUUGGAAUUUGUAUUUAUAAUCUUUUACAUAAUGAUAAUAAAGGUCCAUUAUGGUU